GCAUCAAACUUCCCUGCGAAAGGCUCGGCGAGGGGAGGGGGACAGGCAGAGCCCGAGCCGGCCAUGCCCCGGCCCCGCCGCCCCGGGCAGGUGCCCCCGGGCAGGUAGAGCCAGCCGGGCUCCUGUCCUGCCGGGCCGUCUGUCCUUCCAUCGGCACCUGCACCUCCCUGCAGAGCCCAGCUCACAGCAGCCUCUGCCACCUUAUUUAUCCAAGCUCCGCCGCCAGCAGCAGCGAGUGCGGGAAAGUUUUUGCCAAACUUUUUGUGGUGUUUUUGCUUCGCUUUCUCACCCCUCUGCGCCAGCCAGGAGGCUCCUGAGGUUCCCCCCGGACACCGCCGGGAUUGGAGAAACGGGGGGGAAGAGGAAUAAGGGGGUGAAGGAAAAAACCCAGAACCUCGGGAAGAAGAAGGGAAGGCGAACACAGCCCGCAGCCCCAGGAUGAAGCGGUGAAUGGUAACUGCGAUCAACAAGUGGGAAACCCUGCGCGCCUCGUCCUGCCCGUGCCUUCCCCGAACUCCUCGCAGCGAAGGAAGGAAAACUUCUCCGAGGGGCUCGGCUGCCUCGGGACCGGCCCCGGGAUGCUGCCCCGGGCCCUGCUGGCCGUGUGUGCCCUGCAGGGGCUGCUGCUGCUGCACGGCCUCGCUGAGGAAGAGCUUCUUCAAAAACCAAGGCUGAGCAUUUCCAAGGACCAAAUCGUCAUCUCACCAGGAGACACCCUAAAAAUAAAAUGCUGGGGAGCCCCGUCGGUGAGCUGGCAGCUGAGGGAGGACAGCCCGCGGGUGCACGUGAGCGGCUGCCGCGACGCGCCCGGGCUGGGCUGCAGCCAGCUCGUCCUCAGGAGAGCCACGGCCAACGACACCGGCUACCUCAGCUGUGCCCCCAGCAGCACCCCCGAGCACCAGGGGCUCGUGGCCAGCAUCUAUGUCUUUGUCCAAGACUACAGGAAUCCAUUUGUGGAGAUGCACCCAGAACACCCUGACAUCAUCUACAUCACAGAUGAUAAGAAAACAGUGGUGAUCCCCUGCCGGGUCACCUCCCCAGACAUCAAACCCAAGCUCAUCCAGUACCCUUCUUCUGCAGAGAUCAACUUCAAGAAGAUGGUGUGGGACCCCAGGAGAGGCUUUGUCAUCCCCUCCCACUCCUUUGUGCCCUCUGGGAUGCUCACAUGCUCAGCCCAUGUCAAUGGCAGCGUCUUCAACUCCUACUACAUGGCCCAGAGACUGGAGGGCAGAAUACAGAACCUGGCUCUGAAGGCAAGUGCCAGAAAGCUGCUGGUUGGAGAAACUCUCAAGCUGGAGUGCAAAGCAGAGACCUUCAUCAACGGGCGCAUCGAGUUCAUCUGGACGUGUCCCCGUGGCACACACCCCCACCCCAGGAGAACAAUGGACCAGAGUGAUGUGGUGUACAAAGCUGGCAGCAGCCUGGUAAUUGAAAAUGUCACCAUGGAAGAUGGGGGCCUGUACAUCUGCAGGACAUUCAAUGCCACCAGGCUGGAGGCCAAUGUCACUGUCACCGUGUAUGAAAAACCCUACAUCACGGUCUCACACAAGAAAGGGCCUUACUACGAGAUCACCUCAGGACACAAGUCCCUGAAGCUGGCUGCCAAGGUGGACGCCUUUCCUCGGCCCACUGUCACCUGGUACAAGGAUGGCAAACUGAUCAAGGACAACCACACCUGCUAUGAGCCAGAUCCACUGAAAUACAGACUGGGAAUACGAGAUGUGAGACCAAAACAUGCUGGGAACUACACCAUGGUCCUGAGCAACCCCAAGUACGGCCUCUACAAGAACCUCACCAUGCAGCUGGUGGUGACAGAGAGACCCAAGAUCUAUGAAAAGGAAACAGAUUUUCAUAAGGUUGUGAAGGUGGAAUUGAGAAGCAAACACAAAAUCCAGUGCACAGCAAGUGGGAAUCCUGAGCCAAGGAUUGAGUGGAAGUGGCAGCCCUGCAGCCUCACAGGCACCCUGUGCAAUCCUGAGGGGCCAAAACUUGUGGUUUCAGAGAACACAGUCAUAGGAAACAAGAUCAGGAGCAUUGAGAACAUCCCCAUGAGGCAGGGGGAUAAACCAAAGGUGGUGAGCACCCUCAGCAUGGAGGACAGCAGUGCCUCGGGGGUCUAUUACUGCGUGGCUGCCAACAAGGUGGGCGAGGAGGAGCGGAGCAUCGCCUUCUACGUGUCAGAUGUGCCCUCUGGGUUGCAAACACCCUCCCAAGUCACAGCCAUCGUGGGCAAUGACGUCCAGCUGACCUGCCGGGCCUCCAAGUACAUCUACACCCACCUGGCCUGGUACUACCCCUCCUCAGAGGCAGCUCCCAGCCACUCUGUGGUCAGGAAAAUGGACAAAUAUUCCAUCUCUUUGACCCUGCUGAUUCCCAAUGUCACGAGGGAGCAGAGUGGCCUCUACAAGUGCCGAGCCCAGAACGAGCAGAACAGCACGGACACGCUGGAGCAGCACAGCCAGCUCCUGGUCAGAGCGAAGGCGGCGCCGGUCGUGAUCCAGAACCUCACGGACCUGGAGGUCAACAUCAGCGGCAAGAUCCUGCUGGAGUGCAAGGUCAGUGGGACCCCAGAGCCCCAGGUCACCUGGAGGAAGAAUGGCUACCCCAUCUCAGCAGCAUCAGGAAUUUCCAUAGAAAACAACACGCUGGUGAUUGAGAGAGUGAAGAAGGACGACGAGGGGCUCUACGAGUGCCGGGCCUCCAACGAGCUGGGCCAGGACAGCACAUCAGCCUUCAUCAAAAUCCAGGGUUCUGAGGAGAAAUCCAACAUUGAGGUGAUCAUCCUGGUGUGCACAGGGCUGGCUGCCACGCUCUUCUGGCUGCUGCUGACCCUCUUCAUCCGCAAACUGAGAAAGCCCGAUGCCACAGACAUUAAAACAGGAUACCUGUCAAUUAUCAUGGACCCCGAGGAGAUGCCCCUGGACGAGCAGUGUGAGCGCCUGCCCUACGACAGCAGCAAAUGGGAGUUCCCCAGGGACAGGCUGCGCCUGGGUAAAACUCUGGGUCAUGGUGCUUUUGGGAAGGUGGUGGAGGCGUCUGCUUUUGGCAUUGAUAAAUCUUCAACCUGCAAAACAGUUGCCGUAAAAAUGCUGAAAGCAGAAUGUGCAACUACUAAUGAAUGCAAGGCUCUAAUGUCUGAGCUGAAGAUCCUCAUUCAUAUAGGACAUCACCUGAAUGUGGUCAACCUGCUGGGAGCCUGCACCAAAGCUGGAGGUCCUUUAAUGGUCAUAGUGGAAUAUUGCAAAUAUGGAAAUCUGUCCAACUAUCUCAGAGGGAAAAGAGGAGAUUUCAUUGCAUACAAGUCCCAGGAAAACUCUGACCAAGCAGAGAAGAGUCUGGAUGAGUCCAACAGUGACUUGACUGAACUCAUCAAGAGGCGCCUCGAGAGUGUGGCCAGCACAGGCAGCUCUGCCAGCUCAGGAUUCAUUGAAGAUAAGAGUUACAGUGACUCAGAAGAUGAUGAAGAAGAUGCUGAGGAUCUGUACAAGAGGCCCUUGACUCUGGAGGAUCUGAUUUGCUACAGCUUCCAGGUGGCAAAAGGCAUGGAGUUCCUCGCCUCCCGAAAAUGCAUCCAUCGGGACCUGGCAGCCAGGAACAUCCUCCUGUCCGAGAACAACGUGGUCAAGAUCUGCGACUUCGGCCUCGCCAGGGACAUCUACAAAGACCCCGACUACGUACGGAAGGGAGAUGCACGGCUUCCCCUCAAGUGGAUGGCUCCAGAAGCUAUUUUUGACAAAAUUUACACCACGCAGAGCGAUGUGUGGUCUUUUGGAGUGCUGCUGUGGGAAAUAUUUUCUCUAGGUGCCUCUCCAUACCCUGGGGUGCAGAUAGAUGAGGAUUUCUGCCGGCGCCUCAAGGAGGGGACCCGGAUGAGAUCUCCAGAAUAUUCCACUCCUGAAGUCUACCAGACCAUGCUGGACUGCUGGCACGGGGUGCCCACAGAGAGGCCGACGUUCACCGAGCUGGUGGAGCGCCUGGGGGAUCUCCUGCAGGCCAAUGUGCAGCAGGAUGGCAAAGACUACAUUCCACUGAACAUCACCUUGUGUCCUGAUGGAGAAUCCAACUCCAAAACCUGCCCUGUGGAAGAAAACCUGAAUAAUGGAGUGAAUCGCUGGAGUGCAGUAGAAACUGGAAACAACAGCAAGAAGAGACCCCUGAGUGUGAAGACGUUUGAUGAGGUGCCAGUGGAAAAGGAGAAAGUGAUGCAUGAGGAGUCUGACAGUGGCAUGGUGCUGACCUCAGAGGAGAUAAAAAGCCCCAAGAGGUUGGAGAUCCGUUCCUGGCCCUAUGGGAUCAUGGCUCUGGCGAGGAGAGCUGUGAGCAGGAGCAAGGAAUCCAUCCUGGCUGACCACGACAGUGUCAAGUACCAGCCAGCAGUGCAGGUGGAAGAGGACACCAUGGAGUUCCCCCUGGAGGACUCUGUGCUGCUGCCCAUGGAGCCCAGCCUGGAGUGCCACAGCCCUCCCCCAGACUACAACUCUGUCAUGCACUACUCAGCCCCCCCGGUGUAGGCAGUGCCCCAGGGCUGAGCUCAGCCCUGCCAGGCUCUGCUGUGCCCAGGGAGCCUGGGGGGCACAGGAGGGAGCUCUGCUGGGGUAAUGCUUCACACGUUUCUUCUGGCACAUCUCAGAUGGGAUUAGAAACAAUUUCAGAGCAUCUUCUCUCUUCUCUUUAAAGGCCUGUUGCAAGAUCUGCAGUGAAUUAAUGACACUGUCUGUCAGAAUCAUAGCAGGAGCUGUAACCCUGAACUGCUGCCACUCCUCCCCCUGGCUGGGGCUGUUCCUUGGCACUGCCACACCCACAGGUUCCUGCAUCCCCACUUCACCCCAUGCCAAGCUGGUUGGGAACAUAAGAUUCAAGCUGCUGGCCCUGACACAUCCUGCAGGAUUGGUUAGGCCAGUGCUCCAAGGGAUCUGUUGAAAACAGCAGCAGCCACAUGAAUGUUUUGGGCUUGAAGAAAAGCUGAAACACCCUUCCUAACUUGGGAUUUCACCUCCUGUAAAUAUUUCUGAAAUAUUUUGCAAUCCAAGGUAUUUUGGUUGCAAUUUGGAUUUAGUCAUUUCCACUGCCCAGAGGAAACACUGCUGAAGAUGGCAUGGCCCAGAGCAGGCUGGUAGUGCCCGUGUGUCACCUCUUUGGGCAGCAGGGCACACAGUGUGGUUAAACCUGAGCCCCUGGGCUCUCCCCUUGUUCCAACAGCAGUUUAUUCUGCAGACAUGCAAUAGGGAACCUUGCUGGAGAUGCUCUGUAAUGGUUGCAAGGCAAAAUCACUGCCUUAAGCAAGAACCUUCUCAACUCAAACAGAACUUCCCAGCUCACACACACCUUUGUGUGAAUGUGCAGAAAACUCUCAUUACCAGCACAAGAGUUACACAAAAACUCACACACACCCUGGAGGCACCAGCAGGGCAGCAGCAUUUUUAUGUUUCCUUUCUGCACACAGAGUAUUUACUAAAACAACACACAAAACAGAAAACAGCAUUUCCUCUGGAUUCUGUGGGGGUGCCCAAGGGUUUGGCCCUGGGGAUACUCUCCCUGUUAAGCUGCAAGCCCAUGUGACACACAGUUCUCUCUGUCUUGCCAGGGUAAAUACUGGUAUCAAAUGCAAAGCCCUUCCUGGUUCAGGGUAAUUCAAAGCUGUUGUUGCAGCAGGACUGAAAGGAUCACAAAUUCUCCCAUGUGAGACACUGACAGUGGGUUUGCCCCUGCCCCAGAGCUGGGGGUGGCAGGGACAGUUACAAGUGUGCCCAGGUGCCCUGUGUGCCCUGUGCAUCAUCACAGCAGCCUCACAAAUCAGCAAAUCAUCCUUAGCCUUUCAUGUGCUCUGUAACAAUCAGAGUUGGCUUUAAAAUUUAGGAAGGGAAAGGUCUCCAGGUUGCAAGGAGAAAAAACCAGGAUGAGCAAGAUGUUCACUGACAGUGAGGGCUGUAACCUCCUGAGUUACAAACUGAUCUAUAAAUGACUCCCUGCACAGCUUCCUCCAAGCUCUGCACAACCCUUUCCUUUUCUCCCUUGAUUUGACUUCUUCAGUGGAAAAAGAAUUUUUUUUCAUGAUUCAGACUAGAGGAGGAUGAAAUCCAAGCCUUGCAAAAUGAUGCUGUUACCUUGGCAAAGACAGCUGCACGCCCUCACAGCAGCCAAGGAAGUUUUCUGGAUGAGUGCUUGCAGUGGGCUGUGCUGAAGGAAUCACAAACAAGCCUCAGGUAUUAUCAAAGGGGAAAACAAAUCUCCAAACCCACCCCAUGUUAACUGUGAACUCUCAAGCAUCUGAAGGAUGGGCUCUGGGGAACUGCACUGCUUCUUCUCCUUGACUUCAGAGUCCCUUAGAAAUCACCUGCAGUCCCUCCAGAACCCCUGCUCAUAGUGCACCUGCUAGAUAGGUGUGGGCUUUAGUUGCUUUAUGGUCAUUUUGCACUGCUUUGUAUUUUAGUACCUAUGUAUUACAUAGAGCUGGUCAGAGAAGAGAAGAAACUACUGGGAAAGAAUUCUGAUGAGCCCCAGGAAGCUCACUGGAUUGGUUUUCCAUCAAACACUGUUAGCUAUCUAUAGCUCUGAUCAAUCAGCUGGUUGAUCAAUCAAUCAGUUCUUGUGGAAAUAAAUGACUGAUGAGCAAAGGAAGAGAAGGUGCAGCCUGUGUGUGGCUCUGCUGUGUUGAUGCCUCAGCUGGAGAUGUUUGUCACUGCACCUUGGGCUGGAGGAUGAGAAAACAGCGCUGAAAAACCUUCACUGAGGAACUCUGAAAUGCAGGAACCAAACCUGCAGGUGUGCUCUGUGUUUUGAGGUGCAUGGGAAGCUCUGCUCUGCUGGGGGAGCUGAGCACGGGGCCUCCCCUUUCCCCUCUCUGCAGGAUGAGCUGCAGGGCAGAGGCACAGGAGCACAUGUGGGGAGCCCUUCUGGCUCUCAGUGACACCCACCAGCCCUUCUGUGCCACCUGAGGUGGUGGCACGGGCACAGCUCCAUGCUCCAGCUGGUUACAGCCCAGGUUGCACUGACAGCCCCACUGAGGGCUCCCCUGAGCACAUCAGUAAUGGAAGGGACUGACUGAUGUUUGGGCAGCUGUUUCCAAUGUUGUUUCAUGGAAGAUUUUUUUCCUCCUUAUAGUAAAUGUAACAAGCAAAAGUAUUGCCUGAAAAGUAUUAUUGAACAUAUUCUAUUUUAUUUACUAAUAUUUUGUUUGUCCUUCUCUUGCCUCCCUUAAUUUAAUUAUUGUUAUCUUCUUCCAGUGAUGUAUAUAGUGUACCCUGUAGCAACAAAUAUAGUAUUUCAUUUAUAUGGUAAAAUUUGUAACAUUUUAGUCCAAAAAGAAAGAACUACCCAGAUGUAACAGAGUUAAGUAUUGUACUAAACAUUUCACUAAUGCUUGCAGGCCAGGCUCCAGUUUACAGUGCCCCAUAGUGCCAUGGCACAGCAGCUCUCUUGGCUGGGAGUGCCUCUGCCUCUCACUUCUUCUCCAUUUAUUUAGUUUCAGUUAGGAAACAGGAAUCUGGAGGAAUUUGGCAGGUUUAUCUCAUUCCUGGAGGUGUCACCAUGUGCAGCAUGUGUUAAAGGUGAGGGAUUCCCACUGCCUGGGUUUUAAUUGGAGGCUGGUGGAUUGGCUAGAGGAUCAGAAGGGGUAAAUUGUUUAAAUGAUGUGAUGUUUAUUAUUUUUUCAGACUUCUCAGGGAUUCUUACUCGACUCCUGUCUGCCAGCUGCUUUCUCUAACCUGAGCUCAGUGGGAUCUGUAUUAACAUGUACCUUUGUUCCUUUGAUGGUGCUCACUCCUCCUGCUUUUGUGCUCCUGGAGGCCCAGAGAAUCAGGGCCAAGGAACUUGGAGCUCUCCAUGGAAUUUUGUUUUCUCUUCUCCAACAAUCACCUCCCACCAGUUGUCCAAGUGCCUUCACCUGCAUGUUCUUGUUCAGGCUGGUGUUGUAACAAUCUCCUGUCUCCCCUUUUCUAUUUUUCAUCUGUUUCCUGUUAUUUGCUCUCCCAGUCCCCUUGGAUUGCUUUGCUCUGCCUUUUCCCUAAGAUCAGGUGUAGGAUCAUUUCACUGCUGUUUAUCCUGUGCUUGCAGAGGCUGAACUAGAUAACCUAAAGUGAGAUUUUCACAUUAAACCCUCUAUAUAUAGCCAAGGAAAAUUAGUUUGUAUUAGUUUGUCUGGAAGUUUUUUGUGUCCUUCCCUGAAUAGGAGAAGCUUUUUAAUCUACUGAUUUUUCAAUAUUGGUGUCUGGAGCAAAAUGAAGGCUGGUGACUGUGUGAAUGUGAUCUUUCCCAGAGUGCUUUUCCUCAAACAAUGAGGUUUCUGUAAGGUUCUCCCCACAAGAAGGGGAUCCCCAGCAAGGUGUAUCCCAAGUAUCUGCUUGGGAUGUCAAGGGAAUCAGAUAAAACUCAGAGUCUGAGUAGUGGUGUCAAACAAACCCCUGAGUGCUGUGGGUGCACACAGCAGGGCUCUGCUGACACCCCAGGGACACAAAGCCUCCCUCCCUCACCUGCCUGGGCACCCCAGGGCACCCCAGAGCACCCAGGGGUUCCUGUCACUGGCUUUGCUCUGUGCUCCCUGCAGGAAUCUCAGCUGCCGUGCAAGCCUGCAGCUGGGUCCUGAUGUGUCCCCUCACUUAUCCUUCAUGUCCUGCCUCACUCUGCAGAUUCCAUCUGGAUGGGGAUGUGGGCUGGGCUCCAGGAUCCCUAAAUCCCACCAGCACCAAGGGGACACACCAGCAACUGCUGCAAACAGUUCCUGUAGCAAAUAGCUACAGAGCAAGAUAAGCAUUAUCAGGUUUCCCUGAACACAGGAAUUGCUCAGGGUCAGAAUCACACUCACAGAUCAGCCUAGAGGUUUUUCUUUAUCAUACAGUGAAUUAAAACCGCCAAAAGGCAGCAAUAAUUCUUUUUUUCCUCCCUGGAAAUGUCAUGGCCAAACAUUGAGAUCCAUUUUCCUGGGUUUUUACUACCCCACAAAAGAACAGAAAGAAUUUUGCCAAUGUCACAGCACCAGCACCAUCUUACACAAGUGAAAUUCAGGGAGGAGUUUGGGAUUUGGGCCUCUCAGGAGUCAGGCAGUACAGGGGACUGUGGAGGUGCUGAGCCCAAGCACUGGUGGUUUCUUUGACAUUGUUAUUUCCAUUUCUGUGAACAUAGAAUGGAAAACCUGCUGGCCUGGGUCAGCUGGGACCACAAAAAUGACAGGGAGAACAAUGUGGGAUGCACUGAGCACUGUCCUGUUCUCCUGGUAGCACUAAAUUCAUUUUUCCUUAGACCUUGAGUUGUCAAAGCAGCCACUGAAAACUGGGAAAAAACAGAAACUUGGGACCUACAGAAAUAAACGAAGGAAAACUGGGGAAAGCCAGGAACUUGGGACUUACAGAAAUAAACCAAGUGCCAUGUUCAAACCACCAAGGAAUGUUUGUCUGCCAUGUUCCUGUCUGCCUGAAGAAUGUAUGCACUGAAAACAACGCUUUCUUAUGUAGUCAAAAAUUGUACUGUAUCUAUUAACCAAAAAAAUAAAAAAGAUUCUAUAUUUAUACAGCC